AUGCGAUCCACCCUCCAACUCCCAACCCCAUCUCCCGAGUCAUGUCCCUACUCCAGAACCUCAGUCUAUCAAGCAUCAGCCGAUGUCAUCCCACUGCUUGUUGACGACACAUAUCAUGUAUUUCACCUCAGCACUCCUCUUGCGACAAAGCAUUACCCCGAGCGCCUGAGAUCAUCAUGGUCGCGUCUCCGAUCAACCAACCUGCUCGAGUGGGAGCGUGAUCCUCGGCCUGCGAUAUCGCCUGGAAAAUCAGACACCGAUGCCGAUGCUGACGGCGCCUGGACCGGAUGCGCAGUGCUUGAUCUGGACCGAAAUAUGAAUAUCUUUUACACUGGAUAUAAUCUGUCGCAAAACGGUCGACAAACAAUACUGCAUACCAAGGCAUCUGAUCCUCAUGGCUCUAAAUUCGACAGAGCUGCAACUCCAAUCAUAAUCCAAGGACGAGGACUUGAUAAGUUUGAGGACAUUGACUUCCGCGAUCCUUUUGUGUUUUACAACCACGCCGAAGGACGAUAUUGGAUGCUUGUAGGCACUCGUCUUGCCAAUGGCCCCUACUGGAGUCGUGGAUGCAUCGCCCUGUUGACUUCGCCCGAUCUCGAACUUUGGACAGUAGCCCCCGAGCCAUUGUACGCACCCAACGACGUCUUCUGCCCUGAGUGCCCAGAGUUAUUCACACUGCCCAAUGGGAAGUGGUAUCUCGUCUACUCCCGUUUCCACGCUCCAAAUGCAGGAACUGUAUAUCGCAUGGCAGACACGCCAUACGGCCCAUUCCGCGUACCACGAGAUGGAUCUCAUGGACGUCUGGACGGCCGACGUUGGUAUGCAGCAAAAUCAUGCCCGAAAGCAGGUGACCCUGAAAAGAGGAUCUGCUUCGGAUGGAUUGGAGACUAUGAAGACGAAGAACAGAAGUGGCUUUGGGGGGGUGAUCUUGGUAUUAUUAGGGUUAUGUGGGCUGACACAAACGCCUGUCUCCGUAUCGACGCCUCUCAAGAAUUCAGGAGUUACAUAUGGCGGAGUUCCAGGCCUGUUUCGCCAAGCAACGCAGCUCCAAGCUUGUAUCUCUGUUCUCUCGGCACGACGGCGACUCACUUCCCCGAGCUGGGAUCUGCAGAGUGGAAGCGACACCUCAUGGUGGACUUCAAGAUCGCAGCCUGCGACGCCCACACUUUCGGGGUGAUGCUCCAGACCGACAGCUCAGGAAAAGGCCACCGCCUUCAGUUCACUCCUCAAGGGAACGGCCUCUUCUCAGUCGCUCUUUUCACCGACUUCCCACCCCUUGACGAUUUCUGGGCAGACCAGUAUCGCAUGCACAUCCCACGGCCCGUCGACGGGCCCGAGCUAGUGCGACAUGACAACGUCAGUCUCGCCGAUGGCGUCUUUCUCUUUUUGAGAGGCCAGCUCGUCGAAGUCUUCUGCGGAGGACGAGCACUCAGUUUUCGACUGCCCACGCCCCCCAACUGGACGGAUGAUACGCGCGAUGGCUUCCGCAGAUUGGGAUGGUUUGUGGAAGAUGGCAUGGUUGAUUUGGUUGAUAUUAAUAUGCGGCAUUCAAUGUCUAUCAAGGACGGUGCAGCUGAGCCAGACCAUGAACUCGAAGAUGCCGAGUAA